GUAGAGAGUUACUAUCGCUCAUACAAAUAUAUGCAAAGUAACGUACAAUAGCGAGGGGUAAACAUGUUUUGGGUGGUCCCUCGCUCCGUUAAUAUUCUUUUUACCGGGCGCUCAGAACUCUUAAGCCGAAUUGAGAGCGAGUUCCGAAACAACAAUGCUGGCACGACAGAGCAGAAGCGGCUAGUCAUCACAGGCGUAGGCGGCAUAGGGAAGAGCGAAGUGUGCUUGAGGGCUGCAAAACUACUGCGCGAUGACUUCGACGGCGUAUUUUGGGUUGAUGUCAGCAGCCCGCCGACUGCCAUAAGCGGCUUCCAAGCUAUUGCGGAAGAGCUGGGAUUGCAUGACGAAAGCAUUGGUGCAUCUCUCCAUAUGCUUGCAAAGCUCCAGAGACGCUGGUUGUUGCUCUUGGAUAACGCGAACGAUCCAGAGUUUGACUAUUCGGCGUACAUUCCGUCUGGCACUCAAGGUGCUGUGAUCAUGACAUCCCGCAUACCUGAGUGCAGCCGGUACAGUACGCUACCGGUCGAAGUGCUUGAGGGCCUGGAGGAAGAGCAUUCGAUACAACUUCUGCUCAAAGCUGCCCGCGUUCCAAAAACAUCUUUGCACUCUUCCAAAGAGCAGGCAGAGGCUAUCGUACAACUGUUAGGAUCACAUACGCUAGCGCUUAUCCAAGCUGGUGCCUAUAUUGCAGAAGGGCACUGUCAGCUAGAUCAAUAUGCAGAAAAUUACAAGCAGCUACGUACGAGGCUACUCGAGAAUAAUCCUACCCAGCAGCAGUCAAAGUAUCAACAUGUUUACGUAACCUUCAAGGCUUUGGUUGAGGCGCUGAACAAUUCUCAUGAUGAGAUGGGCCAAGAUGCUUUAGACCUGCUUGGAGUUCUUUCUAUGAUGCACUCUAGCAUGGUGCCACUUGAAAUCUUUCAAGACACUUGGAAAGGAGCUCGGUGCAUACUUGAGGACGAUGACGACCAGAGAGACGAGGCAGGCACUCUCAGACAAUGGCACGUAUGCCAGCUACCUGAGUUCAUCCCCACACAAGCAGACAAGUGGGAUUACCAACGGCUAGAUAACGCUAUAAAUCUACUUACCUCCCUCUCGCUGUUGAAAAGAGGUCUCGUAGACGGCGUAGAAGGAUUGUCGUUCCAUCCGCUUGUCCAUGAAUGGGCGAGAGAUCGACUGCACCAGGAGCAGCAGCAAACGGCCUGGGUACGUGCAGGAUGCAUCCUUGCCUUAUCGUGGAACCAGUCAGAGACCCGGAAAGAAUACGAGAGCCAUUUGAGACCGCAUUUGCACGCUUUCCUGUCGCUCAGAACGAACAAAAUCCUUUCUUUCGGCCCACCAGGCACGAUAUUGCCUAUAUUGCUGAGAUGUGGCUGGGUGCUGAACAAGAUGAGGGAA